AUGGUAGAAGUAGAUUGUCCUGGCAAGCUUUACAUUGGUGGCCUCAAUAGAGAAACCAACGAAAAGAUGCUUAAAGCAGUAUUUGUGAAACAUGGUCCCAUAUCAGAAGUUCUUUUGAUAAAGGAUCGAACCAGCAAAUCCAGAGGUUUUGCAUUUAUUACUUUUGAGAACCCUGCAGAUGCUAAGAAUGCUGCCAAAGAUAUGAAUGGAAAGUCUUUGGAUGGAAAAGCAAUAAAAGUAGAACAAGCCAAGAAACCAUCAUUUCAAAGUGGUGGUAGGCGGAGACCACCACCUUCUUCAAGAAACAGAAGCCCUUCAGGAAGUCUGAGAUCUGCAAAAGGAAGUAGUAGAGGAAUAAGAGGCUGGCUUCCCUCACAUGAAGGACACUUGGAUGAUGGUGGAUACACUCUUGAUCUCAACAUGAGUUCUUCUAGGGGAGCCAUUCCAGUUAAAAGAGGUCCAUCUUCAAGAAGUGGAGGUCCUCUUCCUAAAAUAUCUGCUCUUUCUGCUAUGGCAAGAAGCAAUAGUUGGAUCGGGAGCCAAGGUCCCAUGUCACGUGGAAGAGAGAAUUAUGGAAGUCCUCCCUGCAGAGAGCCAACCUCUUCCUGGAGAAAUGACCAUAUGUCACGAAGAGAUGAUGGUUAUGCAACUAAGGAGAGAACUCAUCAAAGUUCCCGAGACACUAGGGAUUAUGCUCCACUAUCUAGAGUCUAUACAUACCGUGAUUAUGGUCGUUCUAGUCCGGAUGAACAUUCCUCUAGAGGAUAUAGAAAUCAUCCAAGUUCCCGAGAAACCAGGGAUUAUGCUCCACCACCUAAAGACUAUACAUACCCUGAUUAUGGUCGUUGUAGUCCGGAUGAACAUUCCUCUAGAGGCUAUAGAAAUCGUCCAAGUUCACGAGAAUCCAGGGAUUUUGCUCUACCACCUAAAGACUAUACAUACCCUGAUUAUGGUCGUUGUAGUCCGGAUGAACAUUCCUCUAGAGGAUAUAGAAAUCAUCCAAGUUCCCGAGAAACCAGGGAUUAUGCUCUACCACCUAAAGACUAUACAUACCCUGCUUAUGGUCGUUCUAGUCGGGAUGAAAAUUCCUCUAGAGGAUAUAGUGAUCCUGAUGGCUACAGUGCGGCCCGUGGUAGAGAUCAUUCUGAAGGUCUAAGUGGAAGUUCUUAUAGAGAUGCAUUUCAGGGAUAUGGGACCUCUCAUGGUGCACCACCUGCACGAGGGCCUCGGAUGUCUUAUGGUGGAAGCACCUGCCGUGAUUAUAAUACACGAGAUGGAUAUGGCAGACGUUGGGAGAGUUACUCAAGGAGCUGUGGUGAUUCUUAUUCUUGUGGUCGUGAGCAUGCUGGCAGAAAAGACCAAAGGAAUCUGCCUUCUCUAGAUAGGUUGCUCCCUGCUCCUCGUGAAGCAUAUGGUAGCUCAAGUUAUGUUUCUUCUACAGUAGAUGGUGACAAAAGUAGAUCUGAAAAAGGAGACUUAAGCAGAUGUUAAAGCAAGUAUUCAAAGUAAUAGUUAUUGCAUACCAAACCUUGUUUGCACAUCGAAAAUUGAAAUGUUAUUUCUGCAUAUUACUAUAAGAAACGUAUUGGUUUUGUGGAGAGAGGUAGAGACUAACUUCCUCCAUGAAUUUUUUGAGGUAUUCAAAGCAAAAGGAAUUUUUUUCAAAGUAAUUUCAUACUUGUUAAUGCUAUUUGAAAAGUGUUUAGAUGUAAUAUCUACCUUAAAAUUUUCAGAAUAAA